CUGCCCUCUAUCUAUUUUCGAGGUUUAAAAAUGGGAAGGAAGCACCCUUUAGACGACAAGAACGACAAGGGCCGUCGUGGCAACAAGGUGGCGAAGGAGGAAUCGCCAGCCCCCAGGGCCUCUGAGCUGUACUACGAGGAGGGUGGCCUGCAGCGGAUUCACCCGUACUUCCACAAGUACUCGACGUACGCCAAGGGGCGGUGGGUUGGGCGCACAAUCUUGGAGGUGUUUGUCAAAGAAUUCCGCGACCGCGACUCAACUUACUACGAGAAGGCGAUCAUGGACGGUCUGAUUGAGAUCAACGAAAAGCGCGUCACGCCCGACACAGUUAUCCGCAACAGCGAUCUUGUCACUCACAAGAUCCACCGACACGAGCCGCCAGUCACGCCGCAGCCGCUGCAAAUUGUGCGCGAGACCGAGGAGGGAAUGCUGGUGGUGGACAAGCCAGGAAGCAUUCCAGUGCACCCGAGCGGUCGGUACAACUACAACUCUGUGAUCAAGAUCCUGGAACUCAAGCAUGGAUAUGCGAAGCUGUUUCCUGUCAACCGACUCGAUCGGCUGACAUCUGGCUUGAUGCUGAUCGGGCUGAAUGCCGACAUGGCACGCAUAGUCGAGCGCCAGAUGGUGGAGCACCGGAUCCAGAAAGAGUAUAUCUGCAAGGUCAAGGGCGAGUUCCCUGAAGGCAAGAUUGUCUGCGACCAGCCGAUCCGCGUAAUCGCGCACAAGCUGAGUCUGAACUGCGUGGACAAGUCUGAAGGCAAGCCCUCGCUAACAGAGUUCGAGCGACUUCACACUGACGGCUCGCACAGCAUCGUGUACUGCAAGCCCAAGACGGGGCGGACGCACCAGAUCCGCGUGCACCUGCAGUACCUGGGCUACCCCAUUGCCAACGACCCGCUCUACUGCAACGCCGCAGUGUGGGGAGAUCAGAUGGGCAAGCAGGGCGAGCUGCCUUCGGAUACGCAAUGCGAUGAUGCUCCGGCGCCAAGCGGACUGUCGGCGGCUAAUGGCGAAGCGUGGAUUCCGCUGGUGCGCCGGAUGGAGAAGUGGAAGGACCUGCAGGAGGAAAUAGAGCGGGGCGAGGGCGACCGUGUGUGCGACAAGUGCUCGAUCCCGGCGUACCCGGAUCCGCGUCCGGAUCAGCUGUGCAUCUGGCUGCAUGCAUGGCGGUACAGUGGGCCCGGAUGGUCGUACGCAACCGAGCUGCCGGAGUGGGCCAAGGAGGCUGCCAAAAACAUUCCCACUGAGCAAAAGCAAGCCUAAUUGUUGACCAUGCAUGCGACACGCUCUCUUUGCGUGGCGUGCAGAAUAAAAAUACCCCAAUGUAUG